AUGGAGGUUGAGGCACAGAAGCUCGAGCAAUUCAAAGGCCAAAACAGGCUUCCUAAAUUCGCAAUCCCAAAACGCUAUGAUCUCACUCUGAAACCCGAUCUCUCAGCUUGCACGUAUUCGGGGUUGGUACAAAUUGAGCUCUCCGUAGUUCAUGUUACCCAAUUCCUCGUCUUGAAUGCCCUCGAGCUGGACAUCCAUGAAGUCUCUGUUUCUGACUAUCGGAACCAGAAGUAUAUUCCAUCUGAUAUAGUGGUGGACAGUGACGAUGAGAUACUUGUGUUGGCGUUUGAUGAGGCAUUAAGCGUAGGGAAUGGAGUUUUAGAGAUUAGCUUUUCUGGAGUUCUUAAUGAACAUCUGAAGGGCUUCUACAGAUGUACUUAUGUGGAUGGUGGAGAGAAGAAGAACAUGGUGGUGACUCAAUUUGAAGCAGCAACCUUUAAAAUAACAGUGGAGAAUGUACCAUCGGAGUUGACAGCAUUGUCUAAUAUGCCAGUUUCUCAAGAAAAACAUUAUGGGCACCUUAAGACAACUUGCUUUGAGGAAUCACAAACUAUGUCAACUUAUUUAGUGGCAGUUGUAGUUGGUCUAUUUGAUCAUAUUGAAGAUACCACAGUUGAUGGGACUAAGGUUCGCGUAUACUCUCCUGUUGGUAAGAGUGAAAAAGGGAAGUUUGCUUUAAAUAUUGCAGUGAAGGCGCUUGAGUUCUUUAAGAAGUACUUCUCAAUGUCUUACACACUUCCUAAGUUGGAUAUGGUUGCUGUUCCUGAAUUUUCUGGCGGGGCCAUGGAGAAUUAUGAUUUAAUUACCUAUCGUGAAAUGGAGCUGCUUCGAGAUGAUUUGCAUUCCACCGUAGCUAACACACAGAGGCUUGUAAUUGUUGUGACACAUGAAGUUGCCCAUCAAUGGUUUGGCAACUUGGUGACAAUGGAGUGGUGGACUCAUUUAUGGCUCAAUGAAGGUUUUGCAACAUGGGUAAGUUAUUUAGUCACUGACAUCUUAUUUCCUGAGUGGAAAAUUUGGUCUCAAUUUCUUCAAGUGACUGCUGAUGGCCUACGUAUAGAUGCAUUGGAACAAUCACACCCGAUUGAGGUGGAGGUACACCAUGGGUGUUCAGUUCUCGAAGUCUUUGAUGUCAUAAGUUAUAAAAAAGGAUCUGCUGUGAUUCGAAUGUUUCGUGAUUAUCUUGGCGAUGAAAUAUUCCAGAAAUCUUUAGCUUCAUACAUGAAAAGCUAUGCUUGCAAAAAUGCAAAGACGGAAGAUUUAUGGAAUGUUAUUUCAGAAAUAUCUGGUGUCAAAGUGAACAAAAUGAUGGACAUAUGGACAAAGCAAAAGGGCUAUCCUCUUAUCUCUGUGAAAUCCAGAGAUGGUUUUUUGGAAUUUGAACAGUCACAAUUUCUAUCAUCUGGUUUGCAUGGUGAGGGUCAAUGGACUGUUCCACUAACCUUGUCACUUGGUUCGUACAAUAAGUGCAAAAAGUUCCUCCUAGAAACAAAAGCUGGAAAAUUGGGUAUAUCAGAAUUAUAUCUUUAUUCUGAUGGCAACUCAAGCCCUUAUGAGAAUAAAAAUCAAGAGAAACUGCCUGGAAAUUUAUGGGUCAAAAUAAAUAUUGGGCAGACCGGUUUGGUGAAGUACGAUGAUGAUCUGACAGCUCAACUGAGGAAAUCUAUAGAUGAGAGUUACUUGUCAGCAGAAGACAAAUUUGGUUUGGACCAUUUUCUAGUAGUCUUUCGAUAG